UAUGAGUCUGUUGCUGUCGCAGUUUGCAAUGUUUUGGUUUUUUUUUCUCUUUAAACAAGUUUUUUUUUGUGUGGACUGCUUAGAUGCCUUCCCUCUGACAAAGCCGACUGAGAGCUUGCUUUGUUUGCGCGUUUAGGGGCUGCGUUAACACGUGCGUUUUCAGCACUUCGACUGUCAGCGUGGCGGUACUUCCCCAGAACAUUUGCGUGAUGCGUCAUCUUUCCGCAGCUAUAGUUUCCACAAAACCUUUUCAUUCGCCGAUUUCAGAGCUUAAUUAUUGGUGGUCUUUGUUAUCCAUUACGCAAUGGGUACUUCAAUUUCCGUAAAAAUGGAACUUGCGAACAGAUACAACCAAAAGCUACAGACGCUCAAACAGCUGUAUUUAAUUAGGUCUACUUAGAAACAUCGCCCCUGACUGGCCGGUGAUUGUUACAGGCGAAGUUGUUGAUCUCAAAUUAAUUUUUGCCAAGUUACUUUUCUACCAAUGUCUAUGGCUCUUCUGGACCAGCGUCACCUUAAAGAGAUCAGUCAGAUAGUAGAUGCUCUGGACUGCAGUGAGCGCAGGAAGCUCCUCUACCUCUGCGGGAGCUUUGAUACUGACACCAGCGGGACCUUUGUGAAGGACUUUCUGAAAUCUAAAUUUCAAGAUCAUGAAAACAGCACCCUGUUUCUAGUAGAGCUCACCUGGCGUCUAGAACGGUUUGACAUCCUGAGGAGGGUGUAUAAAAUAACCAGAAAAGAGGUGGAGGAGACUCUGAAGUACACACAGGUUCUCUCAAAAUUCAGAGUAUUGAUGGUCAGUAUAAGUGAGGAUGUGGACAAGGAGGAUCUGGACAAGAUUAAAUUCCUGCUGAGCAACACAUUGUCCCGGGAGAAGAUGAAGGCUACUGAGACUUUUCUGGAUAUGCUCAUUGAGCUUGAGAAGCUGGAUUCACUUUCACCUGAAAGACUCGACAAUGUCCAGAAGUGUUUUAUGAACAUUGGCAGAGUUGAUCUCGCCAAAAAGCUUGUUGCUUACAAGAUGUCAGCUGAAGCUUCAGGACAGCAUUCAUCUCAACAGCAAGUUUGCAGAGCACGUGAAACUGCUCAAGGGGCAACCCACCACAAUGCCGGGGGGAGUGUACCAUUGUCUGUAAGCAGAGAGCCAAGCAGUAGGAAUCAACUUGAGCAGUACAACUUUAACACUAAUCCCAAAGGAGUUUGUGUGAUUAUAGAUUGUGUGGGUAAUGAUGGAGGAAUGUUAGAACAGACUUUUAAUGCUCUCCACUUCAAAGUGAUCCUCUACCAGUGGCUGAGUGCUGAUGAGAUUCUCUCAGCUCUCAGAGGGCUUUUUAGUAAAAGAGAAAACCACCCAGGUGAUGGCUUUGCCUGCUGCAUCAUCAGUCGUGGUACAGCCAAUCAUCUCUUGGGUACGGACUUGAACGGCAGCGGUCUACCCAUUGACAGCAUCAGACAUGUCUUCACUGCUGAGGUUUGCCCAAUUCUGGUUGGCAAGCCCAAGCUCUUCUUCAUCCAGAGAUACAACGUUCCAGAGUAUGAACCCUGUGCCAGGAUGAGCCACUGGGAUGGGGAUGUAGAGCCUGAUGGCUUUAAUGGGCCGAUCAUGCAUAAUUGCAUCCCCACAGAUUCAGACAUUUUCUGGAGUCACUGCUGGACUGAUGAACGUCAACUAGAGCAAGAACAACAGUCCAUUUACCUUAAGGCUCUGACAGAUGCCUUAAACAGAGCCAAAAGCAGGAAAACUCAUCUUGUUGAAGCUCAUAUGGAGGUGAAUGGUGCCAUCUUUGAGCAUAACAAAAGAAAUGCCGGAGCAGAUUAUCACAUUGAUUUAAGACAUACUCUGAGAAAAAAUCUUUACUUGGAUUAGAAGUUAUCAUGAGCACAAGUUUCCACAAACUUUCAGUAUAGUCAGACUCACACUAAUGUAACUUAGUAGAUUCAGACCCUCAUCCAUGAAGUGUGUUUUGUGUAUAGACUGACACCUACAGGUUAGAUUUAGACCAAACUUUUAUAUGAAGAAAAAAAACUCACAUUUAUUUAUAUUCAUUUAUUUAUUUAUAUGUAUACACACACACACACACACACACACACA